AUGAUCACUCAGUACAAAAAUCUACAGAGACAAUUUGAAUGCUAUGCUGACAGGCUGAGAUUUAUUGCAGAACAACACAUUGACGAUUGCGUGUAUUUACUUCGCGGGUGUGACAAUGGAGAAUCAUUUCGAUACUACGUUAUGGUACCAAUUCGGUCGGAUGAGGUCAGUUAUGAUAAAAAUUCUGAUCUUAUGUAUGAAAACGAUGACAUCCGAUUAUGUACAAUGCAACGCGCAAUUCCAAAACAACGAUUAGGUAUCACACUUGCAUAUCAUAAACAACGACGAGUUCAUUAUUUACGAUUAACCGACAGAUCACUGUCCAGUUUAGUGUAUCGUGCUUGUCUCAAAGAUUACGAUCGUAUCGUUUCUUUGAAUGAAAUCAUUACUGAAAACGACGCACCAGACGAAUUUAAACGCCGAUUUUGUCUCGAUGAAAAUCAUUCAGUUCAAUUACUUGUUUGUAAUCCAGCUACCUACAAGCGCUACAAAUCAAAUAGUGAAGCUUUACACAACGACCUUCCGACUGUUCAACAGUUGGUACCCAGUUUAUGCUACGACGAUAUCUGA